UGACAACAAAGACCUUAGAUUAAUGGCUGGACCUCUCGCGAUGUGUCGCGUUGUCAUGGCUCCCCAAUUAAGGAUUGUGUAUAAGCAACUAUCUUCUCCUGGCCUGGAUGACUUGGGCAAUAUCGAUGCGCGACGAGUUGUUUUGACAAGGCUUUUAGCUGCCUUCUUCGAAAGAGCCCUAGACGGCCUCAACUGGGUGGCCAGUGAGAGGACGGUGCCAGAGCGACUGAUGGACGUAGAGCUGACGGAGCGGGAGGCAGGCACCACCAGCGUUCUCCUCUACGAUCCUGGGGACUCUGCUCCGUCGUGUAUGGUAGUCACUUGGUGGGGCGAGGAAUGGAGUUUAGGCACGUUUGAUGCUAUGCUAUUUGGCUGCGUUGUGCUCGCAACGGAAGAUCCAUUAUUAGCAGCCUUUGUUACUUUAUUGGCGUGGCAGAUUAUGAAAAGAACAAGAACUUGGUUUGGGAUCAGAAAUCAGAGACUAAAAACUAAUGUUGAUGAAAAGAUAUAAAAAGUACUAACCAAUAAAUAAAUGAAACGUAAAGCGAAUAGCUCCGAGAAUAACAGCAUUGGUUUCAGUGUGCACGAAGAUGAGUGCUUUGAUAUCGUAUGUAGUAGUGACUACAGUUACAAUAAUUGUAACUAGGAUCAAUGGCGGCAGUGGAUCAGAAAUGGUACAGAAGCCUGCACUAAGGUGCCACUUACAAAGCGACGUGAGCGAUGAUGAAUCAGAUAUCGACUGCUCGGUUGGCAUGUACGAUGAUGCCUCUACCACCAAGAGCACAAGCACCACAACUACCACUGUUAGAGUCAUUGUAAUACCACGAGGACCAUUCUAUGACUUCGUAGUAAAUAUUUGUCAAGCGCUUUUGCAUAAUUUUCUGGUGAACAAAGUUCGUAGAUACUUUAUUGUAUUAAGCAAAAGUCUGGAAGGAUUGGGAUCCGGCAGGUUCAUGAGGAGAAAGAUUGAAAAGUUUUCCGAGCGUUUAGAAAGAUCAUCAGACCUAAGAGGUGAGUUGCUAAGAAUAAAAGUACAGAACUUCCUCGAUAUUAUAUCUAGUGGAAAACCAAUGGUAAACGAAUUCUUCCACGCAAUGAAUGCGAUCUAUUCAGUACGCGACGACACCAAAAUUGAUGAUUAUAUUUAUCUUUUGAAAAGAUAUGGAAUGGGUAAAAGCAGGCACAUCGGAGACCGAACACGAGAUAUUUUCGAAAAAUUAAUAUUUCGCGUUUUUUAUAAACAAAAAGAUGCAAUUCAAGAAGACAUCAAGUUAAAAUUUCAUUCUGCUUACAUAGAGUACUUAUAUGGAAAGGCAUAAAAAUAGCUUGUGAUCACGAACCGUGAAAUUAUAUUUUUACGACUGCAAUAUUAUAUUUUAUCACAAUGUGUUCAGUGUUUAAAUGUCUUUGUUUAUUCAACAUUAUAUUACAUUUAUCCUUGGUGAAUUUAGGAAAUGGAGUACAAGUUGAGAAAUUAAUCGAAUCGAAACAUAAUUUGGCAUUUGGUGAGCCGUUAGCGGUACAGAGAGCCGACAUAAGAUAUAAUGGUGUAUUUGAGAACUUUUUGAGAAAUCUUUUCAACCUUCUGACCAAAGGGUUUCCCGAAAGGAAAUUAAUAAGAUACUGUCGAGUUCUGAGCCGUCAUUUGGGUGACAUGGAGUAUAAAUAUACAAAAAUGUUAGCUAAGCGUAUGAGACAUUUAUCUAGAAUGUAUCGUAAGGAUGUGAAGCAAGAGAUAGAAGAAUAUGGAAAGGAGCUAGAAAAGCAAAUGCCGAUGAGAACUGCGUUUCUGGAAGCUAUGAACGCAGCGUUUACUUUGAGAGAGAAGGUAUUGUUCAACGAUUACAUAUUCGAUGUGAGAGAUUAUGGGAAUGAAGACAAACCAUUCAUUGAAGAUGAGACUCGCAAGUUACUCAAUAUGAUACUUGAGAGCGUCCUAAAGCUUAGUCGAACCGAUCAGAAAGAGCUGGAGCGUAGGCUGCGUAAAGCUAUUAAAGAAUAUCGAAGAGAAAAUAUAUUAUCUUAAACAAAUUUAUAUGCUAUUGCUAUGUUUUUUGUUCUUUUUAAUUUUGAUGAUGACUCAUAGAUGAAAUAUAGCGCAAAUCAAUAUUUUAUAAACAUUUGUUACCAAUACGGCACACCAUUACAGGAAUGCGAGUAGUUUUGUAUGGUGUCAAAUGGAAGCUACUAGACAAAAAACGUUUGCGCGGUGUGGUU